AUGACUGUAGCAAAGACAUUGCUAACCUGGCUUCUGGCCACGGCAACAUGUGCAUUCGGUGCCAUGUUUGAUCCAUACUAUGCCAACUUGACAUGGCAGCCUCCCAGAACCCUCUCAAAUUGGUCCAACCUGACUGUAACCACUCCUACUGGAACGUUUAUAGGAACACUCAACGACACUUAUCCCAACGUGCGGCACUUUUUGCGCGUGCCAUAUGCCCAGCCGCCGGUUGGCGAUCUUCGCUGGAUGCCACCGCAACGUCCAAAGGUGUCCAAUAAAACCAUUGAUUCUACCUACUUUGGCCCUGCGUGCCCGCAAUUUGUAUCUGGCACUGCAAGUUUGUGGAACAUGUAUCAGCCUCCGAAUACAGUCAUUAACAUUGGGGAGCCUACGAAUGCUGGUGCAAUCGCCUGGAGUACUGCUGAAGACUGCCUGUCUUUGGCAAUAUGGACACCUAGUUACGCAAAUAAAACGUCCAAACUUCCAGUUGCUCUAUACAUAACUGGGGGUGGAGGUGUAACCGGAGGCAUCAACAUUGCGUCUCAGCUGCCAACAAACUGGGUUUCUCGGUCGCAAGAACAUGUAGCCAUUACAAUCAAUUACCGAGUCAAUGUGUUUGGAAAUCCCAAAUCCAGAGCUCUGGAUGAGACUUCUCUUACAUUGCUAGAUGUACGCGCUGCGGUAGAAUGGGUCUCGGACAACAUUGAGCUCUUUGGUGGUGACAAGGACAAUAUCAUGCUCUGGGGUCAAUCUCAAGGCGCCGGCCUUACGCAUCAGUACACCCUGGCUUGGCCCGACGACCCCCUCGUUAGCAGGUUUGGCAUCAUUUCUCAGCCUCCAGAUGUGCGCAUCAACCUCACACAGACGCCUGACCCGUAUGCGGACUUUGAUAUCCUCUCAGCGGCUCUUGGCUGCAACUAUGGGGAUGAUUAUGAGGGAGAGCUGGAGUGCAUGCGCCACAUUUCGUUUGUGCAGCUCACCGAGACUAUAAACAACUGGAACUCUACGCCAUCAAUUGCCUUUAACAGGUGCAUCCCCGAUGAAAAGUACAUUUUUACCAACGAGACCGACCGCUAUGAAAAGGGGCUCGUGGCCAAAGGCCCUGCCGUCGCAUCCAAUGCUGCCACCGAGAUUCCCACCGAAGGAAAUCUCACCGCGUCAAUCAGUAAUGCACAAGCGUGGACAUGCGCCAACUAUCGAGACAGCGUGCUGCGACAAUCGUAUGGUCUAGAUACUUAUCGAUAUUUCUGGGCAGGCAACUUUUCCAACAUUAGUCCCGUCCCUUGGCUUGGAGCAUUUCACUGGAGUGAUGUACUAAUGAUAUUUGGCACGUACAUGCUGGAUGUGGGCGAGUUACCGGAACUUGAAGUCGAGAGCUCAGAGGCGAUGCAAGACUAUUUGCUAGCGUUUCUAAAAGGCACAGCUGCAGCCCAGGGGUGGCCAAGAUUUGAUGCGAAUGCGACAGAUGGAGGUGCAAUCCUAGAAUUUGGAAAUGGUGUUGUAGUAAAGAACCUCACUGGCGAUUAUAUCGACGGGUCAUGCUGGAACUCUUCUGCUACCUUUCCAUAUUAUGGUUGA